AUGAGCUCUCGCGAGAGGUCUCCCUCAGAGACGUCCAGCUAUGCCCAGUACCUCUUCCCGACCGGCCAGCGACGAGUUGUGACGAUCCCUUCAUGGGCGCGCAAUCUACCGCCUGACGAGCUGUCGGAUGAGGAGGACGACCCCCAGCACCACAGUCCCGUUCCACCCCGCCGCCCAUCCGACACUCGUCGCUCGCUCUCCUCGACGCUUCGUAACCGCAGCUCGCUGUCUGGACCGCUUUCCCCCAGGUCAGCAGAAGGAGGAGGCUUUGCAGAGAAGCAGGGACAGCAGAAUGGCGCAUCGAACUCGUCGUCGCCAGAGUCGAAGGCUGUGCCUCUCAUGCCGGCUCCCCCUCGGGAGGCGCACGCAGCAGAUACAGUUCAGCGAGAGAGGGGUGAGGCAAGAGAAGGAGCAGGGACGCCUAUCGAUCGAGGCUGGUGGACCUUCACGCUGACGGGGAAAUACCUCGACCGCGUGCACGGCUACAUCAACCCUCGCGAGGCGGCAGAGAAGGGCAAGACGCGCGAUGCGGGCGACACCACGGACCAGGAGGCGCAGGAUGACCACCAGUCUCUGCGGUCGGUCCGGUCUAGGUUGAGUUGGUUGAGCCGGCGAACGAGCGAGCAGGAAACGCGGAAUCGGGACUUGGAGAAGCAGGACUACCAUCGCAAAAUGAGCAAGUCGAUGCGGCUCCGCCUCGCUCCGCCAAACGUCUUCUCUCUCAACCAGACAACGACUCCUGGCUGGUCGACACCCUGGACACCCUUCCGCCGCGACGAAAACGCCCGCGACUUCCAAGAUCCUUUCGAGCUCUCGCGCAAUCAGGCGGCCGCCAACUCGAAACGGUCGCGCUUCGAGAACUUCAUCCUCCACAACCCGUUCUCGCCGCUCUUCCUCCGCAGCAUCAACCUCAUCCUUAUUGGCUGCACUCUCGGCCUCGCCGCACACAUCCGGAUUCAAGAGCGAAAUAACGGCGUCAUCGGUGUGAUGGGGACCUCGACACUUUUCGCCAUCGUCGUCGCGCCGUUCGCCAUCCUCCAUAUCUUCAUUACGCUCUACAUCGAGUACUUCGGGCUCCCGAUCGGCCUGUGGCAGAUCCACACCAAGAUGUUCCAUACCCUGACGGAGCUCAUCUUCAUCUGCCUGUACUCGGCCAUCCUCUCGAUCGUCUUCGACGACCUCUUCACCUCCUCACUCGAAUGCACGUCCUUUACGCCGUACGCCCGCUACAACAAGCCGCCGCCCAUCACCGCGACCGCCAACGUCGACGGGUCGCUGGCCGACUCGAUGUGCAAUCAGCAGAUCGCGCAGGUCGCCUUCAUCUUCUGCAGCGUACUCUUCUACGUCGCCGUCCUCGUCAUCAGCCUUUUCCGCAUCUUUGCCAAGGUUCAGCGACGGAACUGA